AACAAUAUUGUCGUAUCCACUGAAUACUUCCUCAUCAGUGGUCGAGGGGGAAGGCUCUGUUAUCGCGGUUAUACAAGGUGUGAAGUAGUAAUGAGGACAGGGAUUUUGUGCCAUCGUGGCAAAGCUUUAAAGUUUUCCCAUACAUGGAAUUGAUUUUACCAAGAAAAAGACAUAAACAAGUUGAAUUCGUCAUCGAUUUCCCGUCGCCAAGAGGCAAGGUUAUGAUUUUUGCGCAACAUGGCGCUUUUCGGUCUUUGGAGAAAUGGUGUCGUCGCGUUUUUGCUUCUGCAAUCAAUUGUUUUUGUUUCUAACUGGACAUAUGCAGUUCUUGUUCAUCAUGAUCUUUGUAAUGACACUUCUACAGCCAAUCAAACCUCUUCCAAAUAUAUGGACUAUCUUGGUUGCUACAACUCUGCUUGUUUUGAGACGGUUAGAACUUCAAAUGUCACUGAUAUAGACGAAUGUACCAGCCGAUGUAAAGAUGGCAACAGUUCUUUCUCAGCCUUAUCACUUGGAUACCUUUGUUCUUGUGGAAACUUCACAUGUCGAAGAAAAAAGCUAAUGUGUGAUAGAAAGUGCGGUAUACCUUGCUUUGGGAACGCCAAUAAUGAUGUCUUCCGGACUUGUGGUGGUCAGGAAUUCUAUCAAAUAUACAAUGGCACAUCUUUGGAGACACCACCAGGCUCCACCUUGACUGGUCACAUCAUUCAGACGACAGCUAUCGUAUGUGGCGUGAUCGUAGUUACAACGUGCUUCGUAUGUUUCUUCGUUUCAAUCAGUGAAAGGAGACGUAAGAGAAGACACGCCAGAGAGCAAGCCGAUAGCUCGAUACCAACAGAAAUUACAUCUCAACCCCAAAGACCUCGGAGUGUAAACAAUAUCUACAGUAUCGCAGGACCCAGUCGACAUCAUCUUGAUAACACCAGCAAUGGAUAUUCUGUUUCAGAGUUAAUGUUGUCGUCUGAGGACACUUAUGAUCACACCGUUUCGUCUGAUCGCAUCCAGAGCAGACGGGGCAAUCGUCACGGAUCCCACUCCCUACCACGGGGUCUCCAGCCAGGUUCUGCACAUCCAAUGCGAAAUCCGACAGGUAUGCAGAAUGUCACAGAAGAUAGGGGGAAAUAUCAAGGGGGUGGCUCAAUCACCGAGUUUUGUUGCUCGGAUCGUAAACACGGCGUGCAGUGCAGCUGCAGCAAGAGAAGGCGUCAAGGAGGGUCCGAUCAGAGAACCCCUGGUGCAUAUUCCAAUAGGCGUGUAGGGUCGGCGAAAUGGUCAGAUAAACGGCCAUACGGGGCUGAUGGAGGUGUCAGUGAUUCACGGGGAAGGUGGCCGAGGGAGGUUGCACCGGAACCAAGAAAGCCUUCGGUAGGAGAAGCGGGUAGAGGUCCAAGAAGAGAUGCCCACCUUCAAAAAAGUUUGAAGAGUAGGAAAGAAAUGUCAUCCAGCUGCAAGGAAAGGGGUAUGCUGGCCCUUCCUGGUGAAAGAGAUACCGUAGGAAACAACAAUGAAGGGAGAAGUAAUCAACGACCACCACCACAAUCCGACGACAACCCUCCACCCAUUAUUCACCGAGGUGAAAAGCCAGAGGUUGUCGAAAACGAUGAUAUGCCUGGGGAAUAUCAUACAUUAGAGCCUGAACAAGUAGAACAAGCAGUCGGGGACAUCAAUGAGGGACAACAGUCCUCCAGCUCGGAAUACUUCGUCCUAGAGCCUAGUGAAUACUCCAUUGAACAAUCAGACCCGUGUUCUGCGGUGAAAGCCAAUGGCCAUCAAGGCUCCAAAGACACUGCUACCUGUUCAUGGUCUUCUGACCCACAGUAUGACUAUGCAGCAAUCCCAGGGCAGAGUAACCUUAGAUUCUUACCUUGUACGUUUAAGCAUACGCAAGCUCACCGCAGCGAAGUGGGAGGAAAUAAUGUGAUGAUUGACAAUAUUCUUUACGAUCCAUCUUAGAAAUUCCUUUUCUGUUACUUUCGAGAUAUUUCUAAAUGAUACCCCAAUUAUCUUCCACCAUAUUUACAAGCAUUCUGUGCGCAAAAACAGUGACUACUGGAGGAGUUUCAUUAAUAUCUUUGUCCGACAAGUUGUCAGAUCUGACAACUUUCCUGGAUUCUGAUUCGUUGAGAAGCACCGUUAGUAUAGUAACUGUCGGAUAAAACAAGACUUGUCGGAUAAAACGUCCGACAAGUCCUUUCAUGAAAAUGAUGAAACGCUCCCAUGGACCUUAUCAAGUCAUAACCAGAAGAUUCGAGUGUAAUUAUUUGUACAUAUCCAUGAAACUGUAAUGUAUAUAGGCCUACCUGUAGCGGUAGUGAUCCCAAUACUACAAGAAAUUAUUUGUUGAAGAGAUAAUUUCAAAUAUUUAUGACAACUUAUGUACAGUAUACAAUAUGUUGUGACAUUGUGAGAUCAUAGGCACAAAACUUUACAAGUGAACUUCUUGGAUUUCUAGAAAAGACUUGCAUUAUUUAUGCUAAUCGAAAUGUAAAUAAUCAUCAUGUUUAGUAUUUAUAAAUCCCUCACUCAUCAUUCUAUUAGAAUUAUGUGGGCACGGUGGCAAAGAAGAGUUUGUAAACAGUAUUAACCUAAUUUUCAAAGGAAAUUAGUCCUGGGCUCCGUAACACAAGGGUUUGCGAUGAAUUGCAAAUAUGAGAGAAGUGCACUGAUUGGUGCCCGGUCAGUAUUAUAAACCGAGAGUGCGCAAGCAACGAUGAUCUUGAUUUUUUUGUGAUUGGUUGCAAACCUUUGUGUUAUGGAGCCCAUGCAGUGGGCCAAUUAUCGCAGGGGUAAGAGUGUGCAGUCCUUUCCUGUUUUAUUUCCAUUUUAAUGAAUUAUAUCGUUUAAUAUACGUUGUUCGUAUUGUCAGUAUUUUCAUGUACAUUAUAUUGGAUAGCAAGAAAUACCACUCGUUAUAGUGCACGAAUCUAGAAAGCAAAGUAAACAGUGGAAAAUUUUCGCUGUCCCAUAAAGAAAAUACAAUACGAUCUGAUACUGCACCUUCAAAUCAUGGCCAAAAUGCUAUCCACUAAAAUGCAUUAGAUAUAUGGACAAUAAACAAUGUAUCUAAUCGGAUUUCGCAUGAUAUUUAUUGAUUUUUCAUUCAAAUACGUUAACAUUAGAUAUGAUUUUACUCUAUAAGUUACAUAUGGAUGGACUACAAUUUCAAAAGAAUAAGUAGGCCUGAAUAUUGUAUAGUCAUACCAGAGGCAAGUCAUGGUAAUAUGAAGGGGAUGGGCAAGGUGACGUCAUUUUCACCGAGUUAAAUAAUAGCAGUGUAGUUAAACAUAACCAUGAUGUCUCGCUUUAUAACCCAUUUUUCUUUCUGUUUUAACCUCUCUUUUUUUCUCAUGUUCUUCCUUAGAGAUUCAUAUCGGUGGGCACCCCCCCCCCCCAUCCCAUAAAGCCCAAACAAAUCGAUUUGCCGGCAGCCAUAAUGCAAUGUAUGAUAAUGUUGUAAAACUUCUGUGUUGUCAUGGUUGUGCAACGUGUUUUGUCAUGCAAUUAGACAUCCAUUGAGGAUAUUGAGUGUGUUGUUUUCGUUGUUUCGCCCAAGUUAAAUGUGAUGAAGAAAAAGUGCUCUGUAUGAGUGUUAAAAAUCAUUUGUUAGUUUCGGUUUCUAUGUAUCUAGGCCAUUAUGGUGAACACAAAGAAAUAAAAAGAUAACCGUUUAAAGUGUUUUAAUGUGAAAAUGAUGAUCUCGUGCUUUUAAAUAUUAAAUUACAUGCUAUUG